AUGGACCUGAUAAAGCCAGUUCAGAGGAGGGCCACAAAAAUGGUCACCCACCUGGUGGAUGAAGGAAAGGCGGUGGAUGUAGUUUUUCUGGAGGCUUUUGGUACCGUCCCUCACAGCAUCCUUCUGGACAAGUUGUCCAGCUGUGGGACGAGCAGGUUCAUGGUGCGCUGGGUGAAGAACUGGCUGAAGGGCAGAGCUCAAAGGGUUGCAGUGAAUGGGCCUGCAUCUGGCUGGAACACCAGCGGUGUUCCUCAGGGCUCAAUUCUAGGGCCAGUCCUGUUCAACGUAUUUAUCAACGAUCUGGAUGCAGGAGUUGAAUGCACCAUUAGCGAGUUUGCUGGUGAUACCAAACUGGGAGACUUUGAAGCAAGUUUUAUUCGCCUGAUCGACAAAGUGACCAACGGCUCUCGGAUUGAAAUAAACCAAACAGGUACUACCUUGUAUUAUCAGCCUGGUCUUCUGUAUGGAGGCUCAUUGGAACAUGACUGCAGCCCCAGUCGUAGUAUUGGCUACUAUUUGGAAAGUCUGCUCUGCUUGGCACCUUUCAUGAAACAUCCAUUGAAGAUUGUCCUGAGGGGAGUAACAAAUGACCAAGUAGAUCCUUCAGUUGAUGUCCUUAAGGCAACAGCUCUACCCCUACUGAAGAAGUUUGGAAUUGAUGGUGAAAGUCUAGAAAUCAAGAUUAACCGGAGAGGAAUGCCUCCCAAAGGGGGUGGAGAGAUAUUGUUUGCUUGCCCAGUGAGAAAGGUCUUGCAGCCCAUUCAGUUCACAGACCCUGGCAAAAUCAAGCGCAUCAGGGGAACUGCAUACUCUGUCAGAGUGUCACCACAGAUGGCAAACAGAAUGGUGGAAUCUGCAAGGAGCAUCCUGAAUAAAUUUCUCCCAGACAUUUAUAUCUACACGGAUCACAUGAAGGGGGUCAGCUCUGGAAAAUCGCCAGGUUUUGGCAUGUGCCUUACUGCAGAAACGAUCAAUGGCACUAUUCUCAGUGCUGAGCUAGCCUCAAACCCUCAGGGCCAGGGAGCAGCUGUGCUUCCCGAGGAACUUGGCCAGAAUUGUGCUAAGCUGUUGCUUGAGGAGGUCUACAGGGGAGGCUGUGUAGAUUCAACAAAUCAGAGCCUUGCUCUUCUCCUCAUGACCCUUGGACAACGAGAUGUUUCCAAAGUCCUGUUAGGACCUCUGUCUCCAUACACAAUUGAGUUUCUGCGACACCUGAGAAGCUUCUUCCAGAUCAUGUUUAAAAUUGAAACAAAGACCCCUGAGGAAGAGCACAUGGGCGGGGAGAAAGUCUUAAUGACGUGUGUUGGCAUUGGAUUUUCCAACCUUAGCAAAACUAUAAGAUAAGAAACAUCUGCAGACUUCAUGAAAUGGGGUGACAGAAAACACUGCGAAGAUCUGAUAAAACCUGCCUUUCCCUGUGCUUAUUCUGGCACAGGAAAACCAGUGAUGAUUCCAGUGCAGAGGUACCCAAGCUUGCUGUGUGUAAACAAUAAAGCUGACUUUAGGCA